ACAAAGAGUGGACAAGAAGGAGGUAAAAAGAGCUGAUUUAUGUUACCCGUUUGUUAUAAAGUGCGUGCCUUUUUUACUGUGGUUAAUUGAAUCUGUUUGUCUGCUUUUUUCAUGGGCGUGUCUGGAAUCUUGAUUAAUGAGUCGGGUUCUUUUCUUUUAUGGGUUCUUGAUUAAUUCUUGUUGGGAUUUUGAUUCUUGGUUGAAAUAGAGUAUCUUGCCACAGUUAACUCAUGGAUCAACGCCCUCAAAAACGAGGUCCAAGUGGGCCCACGACACCGAAAAAAGCACAUUCAGCUGCUAAAAAUGCUCCCACAUGCAGCCGAACCUUAUGCAGCGAAAGAAGAAAGAACGUCCAAAUCACAAUAGCUGGCAGCAGCUCGGAUAAACCCAAUUUUGCAAACACUUCUUUUCGCUCGUCAGUUGGAAAUGAAAUUACUCGGAAGCCCUUGAAAAGUAGUCCCAUCACAACAACAAGUGCAAAGAAGCCGCCAUACCUUGAUUCCAAGCAAAAGCUGAGUUCUCAAACAAAAUUUGACCUGUCAGAAAGUAGUCGAAAUGGAUAUGACAAUCAUGGCGCAUCCUCGAGUGUGAGGCCUAGAAAAAUCUCUCAUCAUAAUAAAUCUCAAAUGAACAACCAAAACAGCCCGCCGGCUCGUUCAGUUCCGUUGGCUUCUAGAAGCUCUGCCUCAGGGUCAUCAUCUAAUACGAUGAUGAGAAGGAAAAGCUUAGAAAGAGAGAGUGGCUCGUCUAGUAGAGAGAGAAAGAUUACACAAAAGCCAUCCAUGAAUAGGCCUAUUAUUAGUUCACAGUCGACGGCGAAGAGCGUUCCUGAGUGCCGGAAUAGAAGAAACAGCUCGUCUGUGAGGGAACGAGCUGUCGUUAUAUCAGAAUUACAGCCGAGUGUUGGCAGUAGGAGUUCUUCAUUGAGUUUUUCCACAAGUGGCUCCAGAUCUUCUGACACAGUGGAUUUCACCUCUGAAGAACAUGGAUUUAGGCAGCUGAUGGAUGAUGAUGACAUGUUGCGUGGCUAUAACAUGGUUGGAGUUGCUGAGAUGCUGUUUGCUCUCGAGAGAAUUGAACAAGACCAAGAGAUGACACAUGAAGACUUGCUUGCACUGGAGACGAGUUUGUUUCUUGGCAGCCUCAGCCUCUAUGAUAGGCAUCGAGACAUGAGACUCGAUAUUGAUAGCAUGUCAUAUGAGGAAUUAUUGGCUCUGGAAGAGAGAAUGGGCACCGUUAGCACAGCACUAUCAGAAGAUGCAUUGUCAAAGUGCUUAAGGAGAAGCAUAUAUGAGGGAGCCCCAUCUGAAAUUGAUAAUGCAGGGCUUUGUGAUGGAGGUGAUGAAAUCAAGUGCAGUAUUUGCCAG